CCGGAGCUGUCCAUGCGGGCCCAUAAGAGUAGCGGCGGCGAGCCCUAUAGUGUAGGUUAGAGUUACUUGUGAAUUGGUAAAAAGCCACUAUGGAGACCAAUGACCAGAAGAAACACAGAAAGAAAAACAGUGGGCCCAAAGCUGAGAAGAAAAAGAAACGACAUCUGCAAGAUCUCCAACUUGGAAAUGAGGAAGAUGCCCAGAAAAGAAACCCCAAAGCUUUUGCAGUCCAAUCUGCUGUGCGGAUGGCUCGAUCCUUUCACAGGACUCAGGAUUUGAAGACAAAAAAGCAUCAUAUUCCAGUGGUUGAUCGAACUCCACUAGAGCCUCCCCCAAUAGUGGUGGUGGUGAUGGGGCCUCCAAAAGUUGGAAAGAGCACUUUGAUUCAAUGCCUCAUUCGGAACUUCACCAGGCAGAAGCUAACGGAGAUCAGAGGCCCUGUAACAAUUGUAUCAGGUAAAAAACGUAGACUCACCAUUAUUGAAUGUGGGUGUGACAUUAACAUGAUGAUUGACCUGGCUAAAGUAGCAGAUUUGGUUCUGAUGCUUAUAGAUGCCAGCUUCGGGUUUGAAAUGGAAACUUUUGAGUUUCUAAACAUCUGUCAAGUACAUGGCUUUCCUAAAAUUAUGGGCGUUCUCACUCAUCUAGAUUCCUUCAAGUAUAAUAAGCAACUGAAGAAGGCAAAGAAGCGAUUAAAGCACAGGUUCUGGACAGAAGUCUACCCGGGUGCCAAGCUGUUCUACCUUUCUGGAAUGGUACAUGGAGAAUAUCAAAACCAAGAAAUUCACAAUCUGGGACGUUUUAUUACAGUUAUGAAGUUUAGACCUCUUACAUGGCAAACCUCUCACCCUUAUGUCUUGGCAGACAGGAUGGAAGAUUUGACAAACCCAGAAGAUAUCCGAACAAAUAUAAAAUGUGACCGAAAAGUGUCUCUUUAUGGUUAUUUAAGAGGAGCACAUUUGAAAAAUAAAAGCCAAAUUCACAUGCCAGGCAUGGGAGAUUUUGCUGUGAGUGACAUCAGUUUCCUACCAGACCCCUGUGCCCUUCCUGAACAACAAAAGAAACGCUGUUUAAAUGAAAAGGAAAAGUUGGUUUAUGCACCUCUCUCUGGAGUUGGUGGUGUGCUGUAUGACAAAGAUGCUGUCUAUGUCGACCUUGGUGGCAGCCAUGGCUUCCAGGAAUUGGACGAGACUAGACCCACCCAUGAACUGGUCCAGAGUCUCAUUUCCACCCACUCCACUAUUGAUGCCAAGAUGGCUUCAAGUAGAGUGACACUUUUCUCUGAUUCCAAACCACUAGGGUCAGAGGAUAUAGAUAAUCAAGGGCUGUGGAUGCCAAAAGAGGAAAAGAAGGUAGACUUAAAAACUGGUAGAGUACGUCGAAAAGCCAUUUUUGGAGGUGAAGAGGAUGAGUCUGGAGAUAGUGAUAUUGAAGAUGAUGAAGAAAUGUUUGAAGGUGACAGGUUGCAGAAUAGCUGUAGUGAUGAAACAGAAGAGGAAGAAGAUGUUGAAAUGACUGGUAAAAUGUACAUGGCUGAUAAAGGUGUCAAACGGCAGAGACUUGAGAUGGAAGAAGAUACCGAGAUAGAUUUGCCAGCAUUUGCUGACAGUGAAGAUGACCUUGAGAGGAACUCAGAGGAUGAAGAAGUCGAGGAAGCUGAUGAAAGCAGUGAAGAAGAGGGUUCCACUGCAGAAAGAGCAAGAGAUGUUUUAGAAUCUGAGGUUUUAAAAAAAGGCAGUAAACCAGGUCUUUUACAAAGUAAUGGUCUGAGUGACAGUUUUAAUCUGAAGAAGACAGUGAAAAAAGCAACCCUCACUACCUCAGAUUCAGGUCAUUGCACAGCUGAAGAGGCAUUUGCAUCUGAAGAUGAAUCCGAAGAAAGCUCCUCUUUCAGUACAGAGGAAGAGGAUUCAGAAAAUGAAGAUGUCGUUAGGAAAAAGUUUCCAAAGCCUUCUCAAGUGGUCAGUGGUCAGAAACUGGGGUCAGAGAACUUACUUGAUGAGGCCAGUGAUAUAGAAGACUUACUCAAAGAAGAAGAGGAUUAUAAGGAAGAAAAUAAUUAUUCCACAGAAACGUCAGGUGUCCUCAAGUGGAAGGAAGACCUUUCCAGAAAGGCAGCUGAGGCGUUUCUGAGACAGCAACAAGCAGCUCCAAAUCUACAAAAGCUUGUGUAUGGAACAGUGACAGAGAAUAAUGAAGAAGAUGGUGAUACCAAGGAGGAGCUUGGAGGGUUGUUUCGUGUCAGCCAGCCUGCCAGAGAGUGCAAGUACAAGGCUGACUCUUUGGACUGCUCCAGAUUUCACUUGGAGGUGCCCCACGAUUGGGAUUCAGAGGAGGUUAUGAACACUAUCAGAGAUUGCUUUGUGACCGGGAAGUGGGAAGAGGAUAAAGAUGCAGCCAAGAUCUUAGCAGAAGAUGAGGAGCUCUAUGGUGACUUUGAAGACCUGGAAACAGGGGACGUGCACAAGGGAAAAUCAGGCCUGGACACUCAGAUUGAAGAUGUAGAGGAAGAAGUUAAGGAAGAAAUUGACCCCUGUGCAGAGGAAAGUGCCAAGAAAAAACAUUUGGAUAAGAAGAGAAAAUUGAAGGAGAUGUUUGAUGCAGAAUAUGAUGAAGGAGAAAGCACAUACUUUGAUGAUCUUAAAGGAGAAAUGCAGAAACAAGCACAGCUUAACCGGGCAGAAUUUGAAGAUCAAGAUGAUGAAGCCAGAGUUCAAUAUGAGGGUUUUCGACCUGGGAUGUAUGUCCGAAUUGAGAUAGAGAAUGUCCCCUGUGAAUUCGUGCUUAACUUUGACCCCCAUUACCCAAUUAUUUUGGGUGGUUUGGGCAAUAGUGAGGGCAGUGUUGGAUAUGUACAGCUGCGUCUGAAGAAACAUCGUUGGUAUAAGAAAAUCCUCAAGUCCCGAGAUCCAAUUGUUUUCUCUGUAGGGUGGAGGAGGUUUCAGACCAUCCCACUUUAUUAUAUCGAAGACCACAAUGGAAGACAGAGGCUUCUAAAAUACACUCCACAGCACAUGCAUUGUGGAGCAGCCUUUUGGGGUCCUAUUACUCCACAAGGAACUGGAUUCUUGGCAGUACAGUUUGUCAGUGGCAUAACACCUGAUUUCCGGAUAGCUGCCACAGGAAUUGUUCUUGAUCUGGAUAAAUCCAUAAAAAUUGUGAAGAAAUUAAAGCUAACUGGUUUUCCAUAUAAAAUUUUUAAGAAUACUUCAUUCAUUAAGGGAAUGUUUAAUUCCGCCUUAGAAGUGGCCAAAUUUGAAGGUGCUGUGGUUCGUACUGUCAGUGGAAUAAGGGGACAGAUCAAGAAAGCACUCCGAACUCCAGAAGGAGCUUUCCGGGCCACCUUUGAGGAUAAGUUGCUGAUGAGUGAUAUUGUCUUCAUGAGAACUUGGUAUCCUGUCUCCAUUCCAGCCUUCUAUAACCCAGUGACAUCUUUGUUGAAACCAAUUGGUGAGAAAGAUACCUGGUCUGGAAUGCGGACAACUGGUCAGCUCCGGCUCGCCCAUCAUAUUAAACUGAAGCCCAAUAAGGAUUCUUUGUAUAAGCUGAUUGUGAGGCAAAAGAAACAUUUUAAUUCACUGCACAUUCCAAAAGCCUUGCAGAAAGCCCUGCCCUUUAAGAACAAGCCUAAGACCCAAGCAAAGGCAGGCAAGAUGCCAAAGGACAGGCUGAGACCAGCCGUUAUACGGGAGCCUCAUGAAAGAAAGGUCCUUGCACUGCUGGAUGCCCUGAGUACCGUGCACCGCCAGAAGAUGAAGAAGGCCAAGGAGCAAAGGCAUCUGCACAAUAAAGAGCACUUCAAAGCGAAGCAGAAAGAGGAAGAAGAGAAACUGAAGCGACAGAAGGAUCUCAGGAAGAAGCUUUUUCGAAUUCAAGGACAAAAAGAAAGAAGAAAUCAGAAGUCCAGCCUGAAGGGACCUGAGGAGCAAUUGAAGUGAGCUACACACAGAUAGACUAUUAUUUGGAUCUGCAGAGAUGGGUGGUUUCAACUAUUGUAGCACUUGUCAAUGACAGGUCAGAGCAAAGAGGCCCAAGACAGAUCUCUCUGCUGGAUUUAUCACCCAGACUGUGCCUUUGAGAAGAAAAAUGGAAAUCUGCUGACAGUACACCAGAUUGUUGUCAACAUCCAAUUUUUGUCAGGAUUUAAAGAGAUAUAACUUACGGUUUUGUAAAUUCCUUCACAUUUCUCGUACG